AAAGGAAGUGCACCUGUCUCAUCCUACCUUCACACUAGCAAGGAACAGGUGACCAUGCAUAACAUGGAGCUCUGAGAAACAAACAAACAAACAGAAAAACAGAUGACAUGAAGCUAUGAUUUAAACACCAAACAAAAGUGUGAUGAGGAUAAAGCGGUUCCUGAAGAGGAAGGAAUGAAUUCACACCCAGACGAGACAAACUAGCAGCGACACGAGUGACUUGUCUCUUGUUAGUGUUAAUGUAGGGUCUGUGCUCAGCGCUCUUCCAGCUGAAGUUCUCUCCCAUGCGACAGUUUCUCUGCACGCUCGCUUCACCGCUCGCUGCCUGUGAGGACCUUCGUAUGUGCCGCAAAUCCACGUCACUACACGCUCUCUCUUAAUGGCGGCGCUUGCUGAUGCUGCUCUGUGCGCUCAGGUCAGCCGUCCUCACACUCUCUAUUAAUGGAGCCAUUUGAACACCACAGAGGUGUGAACUCUACACAGCAGAAUAUCCAGUGUUGUUUAGUGUUGUUUUUAUGCUGUUCACUUUGGUGGGGUUAAUGUAAUUACAGCGAGGUGACGUGAUUGACACUAGUGAGGAGUUGAUCCAAUUUCCGGUCCUUGCCCCUGAUUUCCUCUUUGUGUAAUGGCGGAUGACCACGAGGAGAGGACGGCGUUCAAACAGGUGUGAUCUUUUUAAUAGCUUAUACCAAUUUUAUAUGUCUACGUUUUAAACAUUUAGACUAUAAGCUUCUCAACAUUGCUCUUGUGCUUUAGACAACGCGGCAGACCAUCGGAGCCACAACAAGGACAGCUAAUGUUAGCAAACUGAGCUAAUGUCCAAUAACUCGACAUCCAUAUUCCUCAGUUCCUGAGGCUUAAGUUAUUUGCGCCGACAUGUUGUAACAAUUAAAUGCAUUUUCUGUCGAGUAUUUCAGUACAACUGACACCGUGCAUUAGCGUUAAAUAGCCUGUUCAUGCAUGUUAACACGGGACUUUAUUCAAACUGAUCGCACAGAUAAAUGAUCAGAUUAUCAAGCAAGAACUGGUUUGCUGAACUUCUGUGUUGUGGCCAGGUGCAUAUUGAACUUCAUCCUAGCUCAUGGCAUGGUGCCUCAACGCGCGUUUCAUCUGCAGUCAUCUAUGUAAAAGUAAAUAGGAAUUAUUUUGCUGCUUUAAUAUUGGUGGGAUGACUGAUGGCUCUGAUGGCAGCGGCUCGCUGGGUUUUAUUUCAUAUUAACCAUGUUAUUGUUUUCAUUUUGUUCUGCACCGACAGCUUGAGUCAUGCUGGUGAAGUUAAACGCAAAUUUGGGCUUGCAAGAACUGCAACUCUUCAAGUCUUAGACACAGACACCACGGAGGAGGAGGACAUCUUCCAUGAACUGAUUGAAGGCAGUCCACAAUUAUGCCUAACUGUAAGAUGUUCAGAAGAAAAUAUUUUUGCUGGCUUGUCUGACGAGUUUUCACCUGCAAGAUCUUCAACCCCCAGCACAAGCACUGAUACUCUUUCACUCCCUUCUACUGACUGUGAAGAGACUGAGAGAGCAGUCCAGAAUCAAGCAGCAAGGGCCAGCAACAGUUUUGGCAUAGAUGCUGAAAAGGCAAGACGAAUUGUCCAAGAUGCCCUGGAAAAACAAUCUGGCGGUGAAGAUGUGCUUGAAGAAUACCAGACAACUAAAACUUUAAAGCACAGCACCAGACGUCAGCUUGUUAAUAUUGUUGUCAGUCACAUGACUGAGAUUCAUGGGAGGAUCCCUACACGCAAACAGCGGGAGACUUAUGCCUUGGGCAUUGUUUCUCUCUUUCCUAGCCUGAGAGACCCUUUUUCCACAAAAGGCUAUGAACAUUUCUACGAUCCAGAAAAGGGAACAGGGUACAUCUCCUGGCACCUAAAAACUUUGUCGAGAAAGAACCCAAAACGUGCUCGCUUAGAGAUGUCUGAAAGUGGAGGACCAAGUCGGCGAAGAAUGACGGACAUUGGGCAGCAGCUUGAAGGAGAUGCAUGCAGGGAGGCAAUUUCCUUCCUUGUCCAUGCAGCUGAUGAAGCUGAAGUUAUGCAGAAGAUGAAGCAAACUUUUAAGCAUAGACAAGAACUGGUACACAAUCCUGAAAGAUCAGCUGAUGUCCUCAAUAUAUUUCCAAGAUUUCUGGAUGUGAGAGGAUUGAUAAAUCAGGACUUUGCUCUGCUGUUCAAUUCUGAAACAUCCAACAAGUUGCUUGAGAGGUGGGAGACUGCAUUUAAGCAGAAGAUAAUCAAUGAAGCCCAAUCUCUUACUUCAACAGCAGAAAUUCAGAGUCUUAUCAGUGCAGCAGAGGGACAAGGAUCUGAAAAUGGGAAGAAGAAGACUAAGAUCUGCUCGACAGAGGCUGUUGAGAGACUUGUGAAUUUCCAUAAGUCCUGCACCAGUAUUGAAGGCCUUAUCAGUGGGAGGGAGAGUCACCAGCCAUACCUACUGGCAUCUGGAAGACUCAAGAGCAAGAUUGACAAAUUCUAUGUGGUUGUGGACAAGCACCUCAUCCCUUGCGCAGGAACCAGCUCUUUGAGUGCUGUCGAUGAGCUCUUCAAAGUUCACUAUGUGUUCAACCUGUCAUAUGAGGGACCCCUUGUCAAUGUCUUCACCUUCCUGCAGACCACAAUCUACAACAUCGAUAUUGGUCUUACCAGUGAGUCUCUCCGCAUCAAGGAAUUGCGUGCAAAACUGUUAAACUAGUUUAAUGUUGAAGUGUUUCCGCUGUCAAAGUUUGCACAGAAACAGCCACUCUUUGAUCUCUCAUUUAAGACUCACACACAGUUUCUAUGUUUAACAGUGGAACAAAAAGAAAUAAUUAUUUUGUUAACAAAUGGGCUGUAGUUGAGCCUGUCGAAAUUAUUCUUGGCAUGAGAUACGACACUAGGAGAAACAAACAAACAGGAUGUUAUGAUCAGGUCCCAGUAAAAGAAACAUUCGUUUAUGUCCCAAUUUUGGAAUCAUUAAAAUUUAUGUGUUGAAAUGUAGAUGUAUGUACACUGCUGAAAGACUUUACAGGAAAGCAGAAAUCACAUUUUGAGGACUUCUGUGAUGGAAGUUACUUCCAGAGUCAUCCAUUAUUCUCUAAACAUCCCAGUGCUUUACAAAUUCAGGUAUACUUCGAUGAAUUUGAAACCGCAAACCCUCUUGGCUCUAAACGCGGGGUACACAAAGGUGGUGC